AUGGACUCUGAUAGCUUGGUUGAAACGGAUGGUGUGACACAUACUCUACUCAGUGUGGACUCUGGUAAAGGCGGUUCUCAGAGUCUGCCCACUUCUCCUCACGAGCUGGCUGCUUCUUUACUCUCCAAUAACUCGGCCAUUAUGCGUAGGAAGCAGAAGAGCGAUCGUGACAAACCUGACGAUGGACAGGAAGAUGAUGACUACCAACUCCUGGAACAAGACGAGCAAAGUGAAACUGAAAUGACGAAACCAAUUGAAGCACCACUGAGUCCACAGAAAGAUGAAUCUUCUCAUAAUUCAAGCGACAAUGAGUUCAAGCCGCCUCUAUCUACACUCUCCCUGAACGCAGAACCAUUUUAUCCAUCUCCAACUUUUGCACCAAAAUCUGGCCCAAGUCUACGAGCAGAUCCGAGGAAAUUUGGUCCCGACCACAGCUCCCAGCCCAGAGGACCACCCCCUGGUUUAUCACCAACUCCUGAUGAUGCCCACAUGCGUCCCUACCCUGAGGGGUCGUACUUUAAGAGACCACAUCCGUUACGAGGAGGCAAAUCGAUGACCCCCUCACCACCUUUACCGUAUUUCCCCGAGGGAUCGCAUAUGCCGUACAGUGACUAUCCCUCACUUGAACACCACAAUCCAAUGGCAAUGGACGAAUCGUACAGUGGGCCUGAGGACUUCCCACCGAUGCCUAUGGGGCGUCAUAGUCGAGAGCACUAUCGUGGUCGCUCACCAAUGAUGGCACCAAAGAGCGGACAUGGCAGACAACACAUGCAUCCGAAUAUGGAAGCGUAUAUGCAUCACCUGUACAUGCAGAGAGCACGAGAGUACAGCUAUCGUCCACAAGGACCGUGGGACCACCACCAUCACUCACACAGGCUCCAGGUGCCACCCAUGGAGGAGGGGGGCGUAUAUGACCAGCAGUAUUUGAGAAAGAGACAAUACAUCAUGAAACUUAUUGAACGGGAAAGAGCUAUUGCUGCUAUGGAAAGAGAUCAACCUAGACAUCCUAUUGAUGCCCCCUCCCCUGCCAAGUUUGGACCAGAUGUUAGCCCCUCCUCUAUUGGAUCGAGAGGAUGGGACAAUCCAGACUUCAGCGAGCAGUCCCCGGAAGACCCUGACUUGAUUCCCUAUCGUCAAAGUAAUCUAUUGCCAGAGAGACCAAGAAGGAGCUGUACUUACAGCAUGGAGAGUGAUCUAGGAGGAGAGUUUGUGACUGAUUUCCCUGCUGUCUCGGCCGUGGGUGCUCCGGGUCAACAGUUCUCGUCUCGCGGGGAGAAGGGCUCUGUCUCCAGCAAGAGUCUGGCACCAGGAAGGUCUAGGAGUGCUGGCUGGCCUGCUGGGGAGGGAAAGAGCACCAGUCCUAACUGGGACAGCCCCAACACGUGGUCAACAGACACUGCUCCAUUCUACAGUAAUGACAUCACCUCCGAUAUGAGCCCCCUACCUAUCAGCAGUGGCACCACCGACCCAACCUCACCCUCCGAGGACACCACACUCUCAACCACCACCUAUGACCUCUUUGAGAACCAAAGUAUCUGGAGCCUGAGCAACGCUGAUAGUUCAACACUUCUUUCCUGGGCCCAACAGAAAUCUGAACCCUCACAAAGCAAGACUGAUUAAAGCCCCCCUCUGACCUACUGCAACGAUUUGGACUAUGAAUUUUGGAUAACGAUUUCAACUUAACCUCAUUUCAAUUGAGUUGUCUGCUAUAUAUUAGCUCUAGUAUCAGCAUUUUAGCGAGUGAUUAUCUAGCCAGCUAUCUAGUUUAUUAUUGUUAUCGUGUAGCUACUAGUAGAUCGUUCAGUUGUCAUUUUGAGAGCUGUAUGUGUUUAGUAGCUAGCUGAUGACAUUAUUGUGUCUUGGCAUUA